UAAAGCAAAGUGCCAUAUUGUUGGGAGGCCAGGCCCCCGUGGUGAGGUCCCUACACCUUAUGCAUGAUGCAAGUAAAAGCUUAUAGGGGGAUAUGAAUGUAGAUUGCACAACUUUUGCUGUGAGGAUUGUUGUUGCACCUGAGGAAGUAUUUAAAGACUGAACUGUCAGUGAUGUGAGCCACUACUUUACAGCAGCUCAGCUGGACUCUGAUCUCACCAUGUUUCUCCACUGUGAGCUGCUAAUACUGAUACUUGUGCUGACUCUUCAUGGUCAAGUUCAUACAGGGGAAAUCAUUGGAGGUCAGGAGGCUGUGCCACAUAGCCGUCCUUACAUGGUGCUUUUGGAGGUGCGCACAGAUGGUAAAUUGAAACACUGCGGUGGCUUCCUUCUGAACGAGGAUUUUGUGAUGACUGCAGCCCACUGCGGAGCCAAUCAUUCCAGUUACAAGGCCUUACUGGGAGUUCACGAUGUCCAUAACAGAGCUGAUAUACAGACUAUAUCUGUGGAAAAAAAAUAUCCACAUGAAGACUUCAUUGGAGUUAAAAAUGACAUAAUGCUUCUCAAGUUGAGCUCCAAGGCAAACUUCAGCAAAGAUGUGAAACCCAUUGCUCUCGCAGACCAAGGUGAUGACUUUCUGCCGACAAACUGUACAGUCUCCGGCUGGGGAAGAUCAGUCCAGAACUCAAUAUAUAUGACUAAUGUACUCAUGGAAGUCAACGUAACAUUAGUUGACAGUGAGCAGUGUGCUCAGGACAACGUGUACUGCUCUGAGGGAGAGACUGGACCGCGUAAGGGAGACUCUGGUGGUCCACUGGUCUGUGGAGAUGGAAAGGCGUACGGAUUGGUGUGCGCACUCAAUCCAGACCCAGAUGCCCCGAAGAAAUAUAUUUAUACUAAGAUUCCUGACUACAGAAGCUGGAUCGAUUCGAUUAUGAAGCCUUAGAGAAAGCCCUGGUACAUGAAGCCUGACAAUUGAUUGAUCAACACACAGCAUUUGAAUUGAUUGUUUGUAUAACAUUAGAGAGCUGAUAAUUGAGAUGCUGAUAAGCUUUCACAACUUAUUCUAUAGCAAUGAGACUGUCAGACCAAAGUCUGGACUUGCUUGCUUUGCACAGAUUUAUUGAAAAUAUGCUUCACUUUGAUGUUUUCAAAUGAUACAAAGGAGCUUUUUGUUUGACAAGUUGAGACUGAAAAUAUAUGAAUGUGAUUUGAUUCAUUUAAGUCACAGAUUCUCAAAGUGGGGUCCAGGGACGGUCCGUGGCACUCUGUCAGGGGGUCUGGGAAAUAAUUUGCUAUAAUGAUAUAUAUAAAAUAUAAUAUAAAAUUGUACUGUAUCAUUAUAAAGUCCAUAUCUACAGAUGGGGACCAUUUGCGUCAAUAAAACAAGCAUAUUUUGUCCAUUACUCCCACCUACAUUAGCUUUGGGCCAAUUGAAACUCUGAUAUGAUUGUGACACGCAGCAAUAAGUUCAUUAUUUUUAAGUUGAAGCAGUAAAUUUAAAUAUCUGGAUUUAUUAGGACUAUGUCUUGCUACUGUUUAUUUUCUGAAAGCUUGAAAUAAAUGGUAUUAAAAUAUAAUAACAUUACAAAUUGUCCCACUGUGGGAC